AUGAUCAGGUUCGACCACCUCCGCUCACUGGACCAGGUCACGGACGAGAACGAGCGGCUGCACACGCAGGCGGCGGACGCCCAGAGCCAGCCGGGCGUCACGCACCAGGAAUGGAAGGCCCUCUCGGAGAACGCCCAUCUGGUACUGGAGGAGAACGAGCUGCUGAGCAAGCAGGUGCUGAUCCAGAAGGACAAGCAGGCCGAGAUGAUGGCGGCCUAUCACGAGAAAGAGUCGGAGCUGACUGCGCGACUCGCGCAGCUGGAGCGACUGUUCGAGGAGCUGCGCGGCCGCUACACCUCGGAGCGUCUGUCGCUGCUGACCAAGCUGCGCGCCGCCAACAAAACCGCCGCCCGGCUGGAGCGGCGCCUGGCCAGUCUGCAGGGAGAGCUCGACUCGGCCCUCAAGGUCAACUCGGAGGCUUCCGAGCACCUGGCUGAGGUGCUGUCCGCCACCGAUCAGCUGAUGGCCGAGCGCAGUCAGCUGUCGCGGCUCAGCACCACCCAGCUGAGCGACGGCGACAAGCUGAUGGAGCGCAUCAGCGAGGAGCGCGCCCACGCGCUCCGGCUCAAGGACAAGGUCAAGACUGUGCGGAAGGAGUCGCUGGAGCAGCUGCAGCAGCUGCAGUUCGAGAUGGGAGACCAGGCGCGCUCUCACGAGAUCCGCGUCUCCGAGUACGAGCGUCAGCUGGCCUACCUGCGGUCGCGGCUCAACGAGAAACAGCAGGAGGCGGAGCAGGCACGAGUCGACACCAAGUAG